AUGUCAGGUACAGAGCAAAAUAUAGUUAACUCUUUGCAACAAUUGUCUGUGCAACCAACUAAUAGUGGCCAUACAGAGAAACCUACUCAAGUUGUCACACCUGCUGUUAAUAGAAGUCAAGCAGCUUCAGCCAAAGUUACACCGGUGAAAACAAAUCCUGUUUCUCCUGCUAUUGCAACUAUUGAUAGACUUUUAAGUUUGGGUGUUAAUAUUCCUCCUCCACCACCUGUUAUUACCAGGUCAUCUGAUAUGGAUCCUCAUACUUUGGAACAAUUGAGAGCUGUUAAAGAGAUGUUGACAGCACAAGAAGAAGAAGCACAAAAUUUACGAGAUCUUAACAGAGAGUUGCGAGAACGUCUGGAAGACUGUGAAACAAAAAUAAAAAAGCUUUCAGACCAAAAUGAUGAAUAUGCUGAAAAAGAAAAGGCUCUAUCCCAAAGAGUUGCUGAAAAAGUUAGAAACAACAAGCAAAUGAGUGUUGUUAUGGAAGAAUAUGAACGUACAAUAUCCUCCUUGAUAGGAGAAAGAGAAACUGAGGCCAAAAGGUGGACUGAGGAGAGAGGUACGCUUUUGAGGGAAAGAGAUGAGGCUGCAGCCCAUCUAGCGUCUAUGGAACAUGCUUUCAAUGAUGUUCAUACAAAAUAUGAAAGAUGCAAAGUAAUUAUUCAAGGGUAUAAAGGCAAUGAAGAGACCUUAAAGAGAACAGUUGAAGAAAAUAAUGAUGCCAUUCAAAAAUUAGAGGCCAGGUAUGAAACGUUACGACAACAUGCUAUGCAACAAUUAAACAAAGCGAAUGCAGAAUUAGAUUCUGUGAAAAAAUCUCAUCAAGCUGAAAUUUUAAAAUUAAAUGCUAUGCUUAAAAAGAGUGAGGUGCAUGCCUCCUCUCUACAAGAAUCUUUAGCGCAGAAAAUUAAAGAUAAUGAAGAGCUUACAGCCAUCUGUGAUGAGCUUAUAAAUAAAGUUGGU